AUGUCUCAUUACAGACUUUCUUACUGUAAACUCUCAGAGAGUCACUGUGAAGUCGUGGCCUCAGCUCUGAAGUCCAACCCCUCCCAUCUGAUAGAACUGGACCUGAACUGGACCGACCUGCAGGAUUCAUUCAUGAAGCAUCUUUGUGAUGGACUGCAGAGUCCAAACUGUAAACUGGAGACUCUCAGAUUGAGGGGCUGCGGUUUGUCAGAGAUCAGCUGUGAUUCUCUGGUCUCAGCUCUGAAGUCCAACCCCUCACAUCUGGAACAUCUGGACCUGAGCUGGAACGACCUGCAGGAUUCAGGAGUGAAACAUCUGAGUGGUUUUGUGGAGAGUCCAGACUGCAUCCUGAAGACUCUGAGAUUGUUUGGUUGCAGUUUGUCAGAGAUCAGCUGUGAUUCUCUGGUCUCAGCUCUGAAGUCCAACCCCUCCCAUCUGGAACAUCUGGACCUGAGCUGGAACAAGCUGAAGGAUUCAGGAGUGAAACAUCUGAGUGGUUUUGUGGAGAGUCCAGACUGCAUCCUGAAGACUCUGAGAUUGUGGGGUUGCAGUUUGUCAGAGAUCAGCUGUGAUUCUCUGGUCUCAGCUCUGAAGUCCAACCCCUCCCAUCUGGAACAUCUGGACCUGAGCAGGAACAACCUGAAGGAUUCAUCAGUGAAACAUCUGUUAGAUCUUGUGAAGAGUCCAGACUGCAUCCUGAAGACUCUGAGAUGGAAGUGAUGCUGAUCAGGACGGUGUUUGUGGUGAGAGGAUGAAGUGUGUCCUGAUGAUCCAGAGGUUGAAGCAGCAGCAGCAGCUGGUGUGUAGAGACUCUGACUGGACCAUGUUACUGGGAGGUGGACUGGGAACCAGUAUGAAGUGUGUUGUUCCUGUAUAGUUUAGUGUUGCAGCUCCACACUGUGAAUGAUGGAGAAGUUCAGUUCAUGUUGACUUGAUCCGUUGGAGGUUGAUGAUGUUCAGACUCAGGUUUUCUAACGUUAAUAUUCAGAUGAAAAUAAACAGACUUUCAGAGAUUUUUUACAGAUUUUAUAGAAGCAGCUGCAGCUCAUUCAUUAACUUCUUCUAUAUUGUCUAAAUGUCUUCUUACCUGGACAGGUGUAAAAAAUGUGAGUGUCCACAUUUGACCUUCAGCUGCUCCAAUGAUUCCUUAGUCUUUGCUAAACUGUCUGAUAUUCUCAUAUUUCCAUCGUGUGGAGGCUGUAAUUAUCACCAACACUUUAAUUAACCUCCAGAAGAUGACAGAAGGAAGUCAUUGACGUGUUUUACUGGACAACAAGUGAACUAUGUCCAGUUUAUCAGAGAAAUCACUGAUAUCUGUAUUAAUACACAUUAAUGUCUCAGGAGUUGUUGAGAUCUUCAGCAGUGAGGCUCAGAGGAGUCCUUUACUGUCAUUUCUCUGUUGGUGGGAAUGUUGUUGCUUUUUACAUCUAUCUGAGUUUCUUUGUGUUGAGCCUCCGUUUCUUAACUUCCUGUUUGACAUCUGGAGACGACAAAGACGUUCUAAGUUCUAACUUGGGUCUGAUGUUUCUUCAAUCAACCAAUCAUGUUUUCAAAGAUACUGCAGUAAAUAAUGAAUAUUAGAGCUAAAAUACUACAGUAAAUGACAGAUUUAUGAUUUAAUAUUCAGGGUAAAAUGUUGCAAUAAAUGAUGAAGAAUGCAGUUAAAAUACUUCCGUAAAUGACAAAUACUACAGAUAAAAUACUGCAGUUAAUGAUUAAUAGUACAGCUAAAAUACUGCAGUAAAUAAUGACACAGUGGCAUGUCUGAAGUAAAGACAUAAAUAAUUAAAACAGAUGUGUGGAUUCAUGAAAAGUAUGUUUAAAAUGUUUGCUAAUGUGACGUUGAACAUCUACUACAGUUCCUGGUUUGUCUUUUGCAGUUUUAUUCAGUGGAUUCAAAAUUUAUUCAGAGUUCUUCCUGUAAAUAAACAUUUGUGUGUGUAAUAAAGACGUUUUGUUUCCCUGAAGUUAGUCUAAUAAAUGGAUUUUUUAAUAAAGUCUGAUUUUUAUCUGA